GAUAAACGUCGGAUGAUAUGCGGCGGGAGUUAACUCGAUCCGCACUCGAUUCACUUUUUCACAAAAAUGGUAUUAUUGUUACCGACGGAUGCACUGCAUUACAAUCCGUGAACUGUGUUAUCAGCAUAAUCAGCUGUGCAAAAGACCAAUAAAUAUUUGUUAAAUAAAAUGGAUUCAAUAGCUUUUUUUUUGGAUUUUAAUGAAAGUACAAACAAUGAUGCAAGACGAACCCGGAAAAAAGUAAGGGAUAAUGCUGUUGACGUGUUCCAGUUGCCGGAUGAUGUAUUUGUUAAGCAAUUCCGUCUUAAUAAGAUAGCUUUCCAAUAUGUUCUUAACAUAUUAAAGAGGGAAAUGCUUCCUGUUAUUAAAACAUGGUCGAUAUCGCCAGAGCUCAAACUAGAAGCCUGUCUAAGAUUUUUUGCUGAAGGGGGUUAUCAAAAUGGUACUGGGCAGGAUUUUAAUAUUGGCAUGGCGCAGUCCACAGUGUCCAUAGUACUGUCAGAAGUUUUAAAUAUUUUAGAGGCAACACUGUGCCCCAGAUGGAUAAGUUUGGCAAUGACCGAGACUGAAGAGCUUGAAGCCAAAAGAUAUUUUUUUGGAAAAACAAGAAUUCCCGGCAUAGUUAUGUGCGUAGAUGGCACCCACAUAAAGAUUUUGAAACCUGCUGGAGACAAUUCGCACCUUUAUUAUAAUAGGAAAGGAUAUUACAGUAUUAAUGCAAUGAUAAUAUGUGACCAUAAGCAGCGAAUAAGGUAUGUGAACAGUAGGUACGCAGGUGCAAGUCACGAUUCCUUUAUUUGGGAAAAUAGUGAGGCUUCAAGACAUUUCCAAACCAUGUAUGAAAAUGGACACAGAAGCACUAGAUUGUUGGGUGACUCUGGAUACCCACUUUUACCCUGGCUGAUAACGCCCUUCCGAAAUGCCGGAGCGAAUACACCCCAAAGCCGUUUCAAUAAAAGCCAUAGCUCGGGUCGCAAUAUUGUUGAACGCACAAUAGGUGUCUGGAAGAAUUGGUGUCGAUGCUUGCUCUCAGCUCGCCAACUUCAUUAUUCUCCGGAAAAAGUGGCUCAAAUUGUUAAUGUUGCGGCGGCACUUCACAACAUUCGGAUCCAUUAUAAUAUUUCAGACGAAUAUUUAGAAGGGGUUUUUGAAAGUGAAGAGUAUGAAAAUGGCGAGCCUGUACAACAUCAAAGGUAUACCAAUGAAGCAAACCAAAUCCGGAAUGAAAUGCUACACAGCUUUUUAUAAAGAAACAUUUUUUUGUUUUCAUUUAACGUACAUAAAUAUAUGUAUGUUUGUAUAUAUUUCUUAAGAACAAAAUAAAAACAGCCUUCUUGGCAAAUGUUGCACAUUAAAACUUAAACUUAAAAUAUAAAAGCCUUCUUGGCAAAUGUUGCACUUUAAAACUUAAGCUAAACAAAAUUUCUAAUUCACAGUCAUUUUUUAAGUCUCAAUUGCACAUUAAAACUUAAACUUAAAAUAUAAAAGCCUUCUUGGCAAA